AGCUAAAGGGACGUGAGAGAAUUCCGCUGAUUUUCACGAAAAGUAUAAUGGAUUAUAAUCAAGCACUACCACUUUAACGACAACUGUAACUACAACGAAUGAUUUGUGUGACGGUACUUAGAGUACAAAAACAGCGAGAGCUGCAAAAACUCUUGGUUGAGACAAAAUGUGAAUCAUCCCAGGUCAAUGAAUUUGAUGUAGCCUACUGGGAAAUUAUUUCAGAAUUAUUGGGUUAAGUACCAAUUUAAGAAAUGACAUUAUUUCAUCUCUCUUACAUGGCUUGCAUCUGUUCUUAAUAUAGCCCCUCCAUCAGCAUUUUCUCGUCUUUCCUUGACACCGCACAUGGUUACAGUCAUAAAUCCUACGCAAGCGUAAGAGUAGUUAGCACUAGCUACAGAGGCUCCUGGGAAAACCGCAUCUGCCAUUGCAGCAUGAACAAGUGAGGCUUGUGUGUCUUCAAAGAAGAGAGGCAGGUUUAAAUCAAAUGAACGACCAAAUUGCCUGGAAUAAUCAGUUGCUCAUUUCCGCAGUGCUGUACGAGGUACAUUAGGCUAUAGCCUAUUCUCACAUGGACUAACUGACUGGACAUCGGAGCCACGUGUCACAUGUGCUUCUCAGGACAAAACGGGGCAUCAGCAAGCUGGAUCUGGAGGAGGAUGCUGCGGCAAGUGAUACACAGAGGGCUCAAAGCUUCUUUCUAUUGGCUUGGGUUAUUUGUUAGCAGGCACCCUGUAUUUUUCCUCACCGUUCCCGCAGUGUUGACUAUCAUAUUUGGAUCCACUGUCCUGAGCAGAUUACAGCCAGAAAAAGACCUCGAGAUCCUGGUUGCUCCGACGCACAGCCUGGCUAAAAUAGAACGGAGUCUUGCCAACAGUCUUUUUCCGAUCGACCAGUCUAAAAACAAGCUAUAUUCAGACCUACACACUCCCGGCAGAUAUGGCAGGAUCAUCCUGCACUCAAAAUCUAGUGGAAAUGUACUUGAAUUGGCCGACCAGGUCCUUCAAGUUCACAAGGAAGUGUUGGAUUUGCGGGUUAAUUAUAAGGGUUUUAACUAUUCUUUCGCUCAUCUUUGUGUCAUGAGCCAUCGGGACAAGAGAUGUCUUUUGGACGAUGUUAUUGCAAUACUCGAAGAUAUCCGAUUCGCUAUUCUAUCAAAUAGCACAUUGUCUAAGGUGUCAUUAAGUUAUCCAAACACAACAUUAAAGGAUGGUAGGGUGUCUUUCAUUGGACAUCAGCUUGGUGGUGUGUCAAUUUCCAACAGCCGUGACCAGCAGGUGAAGUUUGCCAGAGCUGUACAGAUAACUUACUACCUCCGCAACAAUGGGCCGCCAGUGCAGGAUGUUAUAGCUGAGAAGUGGGAAAAUGAAUUCUGCAAACUCAUCCACCGUUUGUCCACUAUGAGUGAGGAUCUGCACAUCCAAUCACUCACAUCCUAUAGCCUUUUGAGGGAUUUCCAAAAAACAGGAGUGGUUGCUAAGAGUGAGGUACUGGUCAGCCUGGUCCUGGUGCUUUUGGCAGCCACCAUCUCCAGCUCCAUGAGAGACUGCCUGAGAGGAAAACCCUUCCUAGGUCUGCUUGGAGUCUUGACUAUUUGCAUUGCCAAUGUGACUGCAGCAGGAAUAUUUGUCAUUUCUGAUGGAAAGUUUAAUUCUACACUUAUUGGGAUUCCAUUCUUUGCCAUGGGGCAUGGGACUAAGGGAAUAUUCGAACUCCUGGCUGGCUGGAGAAGAACCAGAGAGAAUCUGCCAUUCAAGGAGAGAGUUGCUGAUGCCUUUGCUGAUGUAAUGGUGUGCUAUACCAUGACAAGUUCUCUCUAUAUCAUCACGUUUGGAAUGGGUGCCAGUCCUUUUACCAAUAUUGAGUCUGUGAAGAUCUUCUGCCAGAGUAUGUGUGUGGCCAUUUUGGUGAACUACUUCUACGUCUUCUCCUUUUUUGGUUCUUGCUUAGUAUUUGCAGGACAAUUGGAGCAGAACCGAUACCACAGUGUGUUUUGCUGCAAGAUACCAUCAAUAGAGUACCUGGACCGGCAGCCUGCAUGGUUCAAGACCAUGAUGAGUGAUGGACACGACCACGCCACACACCAUGACACUGUCCCCUAUCAGAACCAUUUCAUUCAGCACUUUCUCCGAGAGCACUACACUGAAUGGAUCACUAAUACCUAUGUCAAACCAUUUGUAGUCAUCCUCUACCUAAUUUAUGCCUCCUUUUCUUUUAUGGGAUGUUUACAAAUCAGUGAUGGAUCUAACAUUGUGAACCUUCUCGCCAGUGAUUCCCCGAGUGUGUCAUACGCCCUUACACAGCAGAAGUAUUUCAGCAAUUACAGCCCUGUGAUAGGAUUCUACAUUUAUGAGCCCAUAGAAUACUGGAAUUCUUCUGUUCAAGACCACCUCAAAACCCUUGGCUAUGGGUUCAAUAAAAUUUCAUGGAUUGACAAUUACUUUCAUUAUUUGAGGGUGGUGAAUGUGAGUGCAUCAACCAAAAGUGAUUUCAUAAACAUCCUUAAAACUUCUUUUCUUAGGAGCCCAGAAUAUCAGCAUUUCACCGACGAUAUUAUUUUCUCUAAAAAUGGGGAUGAGUAUGACAUAAUUGCCUCCAGAAUGUAUUUGGUGGCACGGACAACGGAAAAGACACGGGAGGAAGUUGUGGAACUUCUUGAGAGAUUGCGCCCACUCUCUCUCAUCAACAGCAUCAAGUUCAUCGUGUUCAACCCCACAUUCGUGUUUAUGGACCGCUACAGCUCCUCCGUCAUCGCUCCGAUCUUAACAUCAUGUUUCAGCGUGUUAACUAUUCUCAUCCUCACUUUCUUCCUGGUCAUUAAUCCAUUGGGGAAUUUUUGGUUGAUUUUGACAGUCACUUCUGUGGAGCUGGGAGUGCUUGGUUUGAUGACUCUAUGGAAUGUAGACAUGGACAGCAUAUCUAUACUGUGCCUUAUUUACACUCUCAACUUUGCCAUGGAUCACUGUGCACCCCAUCUUUACACUUUUGUACUCGCCACUGAGCACACGAGGACUCAGUGCAUCAAGAUCUCCCUAGAGGAGCAUGGAGCAGCCAUUUUGCAAAAUGCCUGUUGUUUUGUAAUUGGGAUGUUUCCCCUGCUGUUUGUGCCUUCAAACCUGACCUAUUCACUGUUCAAGUGCUCUCUGCUGACUGCUGGUAUUACAGUGCUGCAUUGUUUUGUUAUCUUGCCUGUGUUUUUGACAUUUUUUCCUCCAUCAAAAAAAAGGCAUAAGAAAAAGAAACGUGCCAAACGAAAAGAGCGAGAGCGGGAAAGAGAGCGGGAAAGGGAGCGGGAAGAGAUGGAAUGCAUCGAAGUCAGGGAGAAUCCCGACCAUGUGACCAACGUCUGAAGAUCCAAAACAGAUGAGUGACAGGGGACAUGUCCUGUACAACAAGAAGCCCACAGCUCCAUAAGUCCAUGGUUGCUAGAGCUUAUUGCUCUGUAAGGCAAAGAUGGCGCUCAACAUGCAAAAACAGCUAUGCUGACCGGAGUAAACAUUUUCCAUUGUGCACUACAUUCUCCAGAGCAGUGUAUAAUGUCUGGACACAAUCUAGUUCCUGUUCUGCAUAGUGAAUGUAAUGUAGCUGUGUUGCUGUCCUUUUGGAACCUGUUGAAAAGCAAUAUUUAGUUUAGUACUUAAUGGUCUUAACUAUUCAGUAUUCUGUGUGAGGCAGACACCAAAUUAACCAUGAAUAUGAUAGUGCCUCCUCAUCCAUUAGGGCUGGCAGUUGUAGUAUGUAAAGAAAGUGUUUUUAAAGUUCUAACAAUGGCCGUUCUCCAAUAAUAUUAUAAUUAUAAUAGCUGAAUGUCCUACCCACUUACUCAACCAAUCUCUAAAAAGGAAAGUGUCAAUACCAUUGGUUACAUUUUCCUUUAACAAGCAGGGUAAUGACAUCAUUUAAAGUCAUUGUCCAGGUUGGAUGAAGCCAAAAAGAGAAAGGAAAGAGUGGCCUUGGCUUGUAUUUUCUUGAUAAAUAUGAUGUUAGCAUUUAUGAUAGCCACAUAAGCAGGGUAAUUAAAUUAUUCCCAAACUGUCUACAUCCCAUCAGUCUACAGCAUCAUCUGGUGCUGAUCCUAGAACAGAAUGGAGGCGCUUCUCAGCUCAUCAUCGCUAAAGUAGUGGAUUGACUUACCUAUUGACUUGCUUGAUAUACUUUGCAAAAGAGUGAAUAAAAGCCAGUGUUGUUAGUCCAGGGUCUUCAAUAAGGGUUACAUGAUUUGUCACUAAAGUAAACAAAUGUUCAGGCCAUUAUAAGAAGUUUCAGGGUGUGUAGUUCAAAUGGAGUGAAGAGGGGGUGUCAUUAAAUCAUCACAGUUGAUACUUUUUCAAACCUGCAACAAUAAUUCUGAAACUAAUCUUUUCAUACCAUUCAAAUUCAGCAUUCAUAAAAUGCAAAAACAUGCCAAAAUUACGUAGGUACAAAGGGACAGAAAUGGACAACAUUCUACACACAGGCUAGUUCAGUGGUCCAGAUGAUAUUCAUUAUAAUUCUAUUAUAAUUCCACUCAAAGGAGCAGCAUCCAUAGCACUGGUCUCUCAGUGAUGUGUCGAAACACUGACUAUGGAGCGGUGUGUGAGUGUACAAUGGAAAAUUUAAAUAGCCUGUUUUAUCGCUUGAAUUUGUUGAAAGGCAGGAUAGACUGCGGUAUGGGAAAGACUCUUAUUUUGCUCUGUCCUGAAAUCUGUACUUCUGUGAAAUGAGAGCUGUAAUUUGGCAAGAGAUUCCUCUCUACAGUGUUGUCAUGUUUAUCUCAUUCAGAUUUGUUUAUUUUAUGAGAAUAGGGCAGCCCUUGUUACAUUGUAAUUACAAUGUAACAUAUAUUUAUAUUUUAGAAUGAAUGAAAGUAUACAUUAUUAGUAUGUAAUAGCUCAUUGACACUCUGUACAUAUAUGCACCCUAACCCUAUACUUAGAAUAUGUUAGAACAAGUAUCAAUGUGUUGCUACUCAUCAUUCCACCGUAUGACUUGAUUGUGUAGUUACAACGACAAGGGCAUAGUGAUCUAAACUGGGACUGAAAAUAGUUCUGUCAAUGUAUCACAAGAAGGAGACGGAACAUCACACACUUUCAGAACAAAAAGAAGAAAGGGACAUACACUAACCUUUUUUUUAAAUGUUUUUGACACAUUUGGAGGAUGACAAAUCAGUAAUGUAUACGUUCUGACAAAUAAUAACUGGAUUUUGGUUGGCCUAAUUCCCUUUUAUUUCUCUCAAUGGCUAUUAUUAAUAACAGUUUGCUGUUGUGAAGCAAUAUGUUCUAUGUCUAGAUUUUAAAGAAGGCAUUUAAAUCACUGUUCAAACUUCAGACCAUUUACUGUAUUGUAUAUGCAUUUCAAGUUGUAAAGUUUCCUGCUCUCAUUCGAAUGGGACAGCUGGCUUGUUAUCGGCUGCUGACUGAGAGUAGGACAGACGUUACAUCCAAAAGAGGAUUCUGCAAUGAAUGCAUGUUCAGUGUGAAAAUAGUUAAAGGAAAUGAAAAGCAGCUGCUAAUAUAUGGGGAAAUAGAAUGAUAGUUUAUUUCUGUUGAAUGAGGUUUUUUGGUGAUUGCCAUUUCCAGAAAUGGAGAAAGGAGGACAUGAAUCCAAAAGUCAUCCAAAAAUAUGAUUCACCUUGUUUAUGAUAUUAUGCUGUAACAGGAUUCAUCAUGUUUAUGGCAUUAUAGCAUGAGGAAAAAAUAUAGUGGGAAGUAUUUUCAAACAGUGGAAUUUUAUGAAUGAAAGUGAGGCCCAAAAUCAGAGAUGUUCCAAGAAUAUUCAAAUGUUUAGGAUUGUUCAGGCUUAAUGAUCACAGUAGGUGAAAACUGCCUAUUGUAGUUGUAAAUAAAUCAGAAAAAUGUCAGAAUAUUAAUUGCAAAGAAAACUUUUAAUAUGGGGAUCCUUUUUUAUCUAGACAUUGUAGCAGAGUCUAUGAGACACAAUUUCAUGAUGACACUAAAUGUAUCCUCUCAAUUUGUGAUGCAAUGUCAUUUGUGUAUACAGCAUGAAAGUAUACGUCAUUGAGAAAUAAACUGCAGGGUCAGAUAUUUCCCAAAAUGACUUUAUGCAUGACACUAUAUUGUCUGUAUGCAUCUACUGAGGAUUUUGUUUUUAUUUUGCAAGGUUGCUUACAUGGUGUCUGUGCAUAACUGGUAUAUUUUUGUUUGUAAUGGCAGUAUAGUAUGUAGAAUAAUUGUCCAUAUUAUUUUCUAUUUGUUUUUUAGGGCAAAAACAACUGAAUUCCGUUUGUAGAAAAAGUUGACUAAAAAGGUAAUAAAGACCAAAAAUAGGUACCAAGAACAUGAUUAACAAAACGUAGUCAAACAGUGAUACAGACCUUUUUGUGUGUGUAGAGCUAUGGGGACUUCUUGCAAGAGGUAUUAUUAUUUGCACAGCAUUUCCACUACGUCCUAAUAUUUACACCCUCAUGUGAACUACAUACAAUGCUAUUAUUAUAUUUGAAAGUUAUACAAAGAUACCAAAACAAGUGAUAAUACUUCCUUUUCAGUACAUAGUUAACUAUUCUAUUUGAGCAGCCUGCAAUACUGUGAUAAAUCUUAAUGUCAGUUAUGAUUAUAAUCAAAUGUAUAGACACCUUCAAUUUAGAUGGUUUAUUUAAGGGCAUGCUCAUAUCUAUGUAGUAACUCCACUUUAGCCUCUACUCAGUGGAGGUGGAUGGAGCAUUCUGAUACAGACACUAAUACAACACACUGCACACAUUCAUACACAGACAUGUAUUCAUUUCUGUUUCUCACACUACACAAAUUUGCCAAAAUGCACAAAAACAUAAUAUCAGUACAUUUUGGUGACACUAUAGUAGUAGCCUCCAAUGUGUGGGUUUCAUAAAAGGAAUUAUACGAUCAGAGUUCGCUUUAAUGCAUGAAGAGAUGUGUCAGUAGGGUUGAAACAUGUUCAUUAAUAGAUCCCCCCCCCCUCCAUAUACCCAUGUCAUUUUAAUGCACAUGGACUGAUUAGGGAAACUAACAGAAUCAGAAUUUCUCAUGACAAUUCCUCUAUAGAAUAUGAGCAGGUUAGACACAGAUGACAUUUGAUGGCCAUAAUGAAUCUAUUAAAUCAGCAAUAUACUCAUUUUCCAAAAGGCACAGUUAUGGCCAUAGCUAGUCUUCAUACGAGUCUUAGAAGUAGGGAUCAUUUCCUCACAUUUGUGAUGUCAUAGUAGUGUCAUCAGGAAAUUUGUUUUCAGAUUCCGUCAAGUUACUCGUUUUGUCUGAGGUGUUGAGUUUCAAUCCCAUUCUAAAUCAAGGGUUAGGGUUAGGGUGCAAUCCCAUUCUAAAUCAAGGUCAAUCAGGUAACAUAUUAGAAGCAGAAUGGAAAGGGGAAUCAGUAUGCAAAAGGAGAGACAUGAACACCUCUGUGUAAAUGAGAAGAGAAGGGAUUCAUGCCAGGCCAAUAUCAUACACCAGCAUGCUUAUGUUUGCUUCUUCUAGUCUUCCAUGUUGCUGUGCAAUAAUAUUAUGCAAUUUCAAAUUGUAGUGAUAAGAUCUCAGUGGCAUUCUUUACCUCCAGACUUUCAACCACAAUCCCUCCAUUCCAAAUCUGAUAUCUGACUUUUUUAGAAAGCCACUGUACUCUGUAAUCCAGUAGUCAGGUUUGAGCCAACAUUACGGUUUAAGCCAUUUGAAUAGAUGGCUUAGCAUAAAUGUAUAAACCCGUCAGUAACUUGUAAGUGCACAUAUUUAGACGGAACGUCCUGACCAUAAGAAACUAUGAAGGAGACCGAAACAAUUUGUAGGUCCACUAAAAGCUGAGAAAUGCCAAAGCUGUGAUUCUGAAGAAAAAAGGAAAUAGCUAUUAUAAUGAAAGAGGUCAUGUUCUGCCAUUUUAGAAAUGUACAACUGUUAGGUAAACCUGGCAUAGUAUGGGUGGAGGGUUAAGGUCUUCACUUCAUUUAAAAUGGUACGAUUAAAAAUUGGGCCAGAAUAUCUACUACGUAAAAAAUGUAGCACCAUAAUGAUGCAAAGAUUUAAUAAAGUAAUGUACACAGAACACAAACGUUUGCCAUGUAUUUACUGUGAAUUUUUGUUUGCACUAUUGUGCUGUCACUGUAGAUUUGUAAUACAAAAUUAAAUUAAAUAAACAAGAAAAAAAUACUGAUUGGAACAUGUCAGGACAUUUAUGUUUAUUGUUAUAUCCUUUGUAUUUCAUGUUCAUAUUUUUUGCUAUUUCAGUAUAACAAUAUGCCUAUUCAUGUUAGAUGAUUUGGAAUGCAUUCUGGGAUUUUUGGUCAUAUAUUUAGUUGCUUGUUCAUGGUGUAGGGGAAUCAUAUCAUUUAAGCAACACUGUGAAACUUAAAGAAAUUUAGUUUAACAGGCAUGACUUUUUUUUUGUUGAAAAAUGAUUUGUUAUUAAUUAAAUGAGUUAUUCAUAAACCAUUUUUUUUAUUUCAUACAUUUCAUUGUUAAAUUAAGUUAGAAAAAACAAUGUACAUCACUAUUUAGUAGCUACAAAUAAAUGUGGAUGUUCUUGGUUUGUUCAUGGAAGCUAACAAAUUAUACUUUACAUGCAGUCAUUGUUUUCAGUAGGCCAUGAACAGACAUUCAGUAAUAUAUUUUUGUAUUCCAGGUGUGUCUGAUGUUACUUACUGCAUUAAAUCAAUCUAAGUCAAAGGAACCUUAAUGUACAUCACAAUAAAACAUGAAUAGGUUUUUUUAAGGAUGAGACCAUAAUAUUUCUUAAUGAAGCCAAAACCAUUAAUAAUGUUUAUAUUUUAAUUAAUUAUGCGUUCGAAAAUACCUAUACCUUAUGUAAGAUAGUUGUAAUGUUCUUGUGACCUGUUCUAAAAUUGUCAUUGACUUGUAUGUUGGAGCCAAGCUAGUCUGUUCAGCCAACACAUAAUGGACUGAACUGCUCCCAUACCGCAACAAAGGGUGUAGAGUCUGGGGUGGAGGAGCAGCAUAUCUACAAAGACAAAAAGGUGAACACAAUUGUAGGAAGCGACUGCUCUUAAAACGGAUGACAUUACACAAAUAACAAUAUCAGGUAAAUGUACAUAGAUUCUCUUGGUGUUGUGUGUUCAUACAUGAUAAAAUGGCUCAUAGGAAAUAUGUAGCUUGCACAACAUGUGCUUGUGUUUUGACUCCACAUUGUGAUAAAUCUUUAAAACAAUUACAACAAAUAUUAAAUAAAUAACAUGUAUCUGUACUGAAAAGCAUCACUUUUAAUAACCCUGCAUGCUUUAUACAACAUAUUCUGAAAGGCCAUAGCCCAGCCUUCCAUUCAAAAAGAGCACACAUUUAGAAACAAUAAUGAAUAUCUUCACUUGACGAAACUGGUCCUCGAGACUACUUCACAAUACUUACUGUAGGUUCUCCUAUAAUUAGAGAAAGAAAUGACAACUGAUAUUGUGGUAAGACAUAUGAACGAGCAAAUGACCCAACAAUAGAUGAACAAACCACUGGAUUACAUGCAGUAUGUGAAUGUUAUGGAAUUGGUAGAGUUUUUGAAUGCAAUUAAUAUUUUCCAUGUAUAAUGUUUUUUAAUGCCUGCUAAGUUGAAGAUAUGACUACUAUGCCUGUGUGAAUUUUUAUAUGGAAACAUAAGAUUUUCAUUAAAAAAAUGUUGAAACAUU